AUGCCUCCCAAGAAGCAGCAGGACCAGCCUAAGAAGAAGAAGGCCACGGUCGAGGAUAAGACCUUUGGCAUGAAGAACAAAAAGGGUGGUUCGGCCAAGAAACAGAUUGCUCAGCUACAGGCUCAAGCGGCAUCCAACAAGAACGCCGAUGCGAAGAAGAAGGAAGCCGAGAAGGCCCGCAGAGAGGCUGAGAAGAAGGCCGCCGAGCAGGCCAAGAAGGAGGCCUUGGAACUGUUCAAGCCUGUGCAGGUUCAGAAGGUUCCUUUUGGUGUGGAUCCGAAGACUGUGCUUUGCGUUUUCUACAAGCAGGGUAACUGUGAGAAGGGUAAAAAGUGCAAGUUCAGUCACGACGCGAGUGUUGAGCGCAAGGCGGCUAAGAAGGAUCUGUACACCGAUUCUCGAGACGUGAAGGCGGCUGAGGAAGAGGCCAAGAAGAAGGAUACGAUUGACGACUGGGACGAGGAGAAGCUGCGCAAGGUCAUUCUCAGCAAGCACGGUAACCCGCGCACGACUACGGAUAAGGUCUGCAAGUACUUCAUUGAGGCUGUCGAGAACCAGAAGUACGGUUGGUUCUGGACUUGUCCUAAUGGAGGUGACAAGUGCAUGUACAAGCACAGUUUGCCCCCUGGAUUCGUUCUGAAGACAAAGGAACAGAAGGCCGCCGAGAAGGCUCUCAUGGACAAGUCGCCACUCAACACCUUGACCCUCGAAGACUGGCUGGAAAGUGAGCGACACAAGCUGAGUGGCAACCUGACGCCCGUUACGCCCGAGACGUUCGCCAAGUGGAAGAAGGAGCGUCUUGACAAGAAGGCUGCCGAAGAGCAGGCCCGCAAGGCCAAGGAAACCACUGGACGGACACUGUUCGAAGAGGGCAACUGGCGUGCUGACGACGAGAGCAGUGACGAGGAAGAGGAUGAUGGCACAUGGAACCUGGAAGCUUUGCGGCGCGAGACGGAGAAGAUCCGUGAGAGGAAGGAAGAGGAACGCCUGGCUGCGCUGCAUGGCACGCCGGUGCCGGUUUCCAACGACGAGACGAUUGCACAGGAAGGAGCCGGCUGA